ACGGUAGCGCGCGGGGGUAAAGCCCUCGAGGAGCAGGUUCGACUCCUGCAUCAGCACAGCUUGGUCUCCAGGUGCCUGUCCAGCAGGCCGCUCAGUUUGUGGUCAGUCCGACUUAUUCUCCGUACAUACCACAGUGUCUGGACAGCCGAGCCUCGCCUUGACCCUGUCACUGGUCUCUCCACGAGCAUCGGGCGACAAACGUUUCGGUCUUGAGGGUUGUGAGACCCUUGUUCCCGGUAUGAAGGCCCUCAUCGACCUCGCCUCGGUUAUUUGCGAGAUGGAUCCUGACCUGAGGCUCACCUCGCGCCCCGCCAAGCGAGAGGUUGGACGUCUCCUUGUCGACAUUGGUGACACUUGCACGUGCAUCGUGCGCAACAACCCCGCCAUGCGCAACCCCAUGGACUUCAUGGUCCUUCUCACCGUUUUUACCCUCGUGCUCGUGGCUCUCGGUCGGAUCCUCGGUGUUCCUGCCACAGCAGCCAGCCAGUCCACCAGUCCACCAUCAGUUCGGUUGUCCUCGACCUAUUGGGCAGCAGCAGUCCACCGAUUAUUGGUGAAUCUCACAUGCCACUGAUACGGUCUGAGUCACCUCUACCUGUCAUUGGUGAAUCUCUUCUCUUUUCCCUCCUCUUCUCUCGACAGGCAACCAUCACUGCUCAUCUUUCACACCUCCAGAGAUCCCCUUUGAUCUCUGCCGUCAAGUCGCCAUCGGAAACGUCGCCUUGGGUCCUCUUUUCACUCGCGCCAUUGGCCUCGCCCCCGCCUCUCGGAACAUUGCCUACACCGCUCGUAGCGUCACCAUCGCGAUGGGCGCCAGCUUCGUAUCCGUUCCAUCUACGAGAGCAAGCGAGGAGCUCCAACGCUGGAUUUUCGGCCUGUG